CGCCUUCAACCUCGAAAAAACAAACCAAGCAACAAGCAAGCAAGCAAGCAAGCAAGCCCCAAGAAGGCAAACACAGCAGGCAAAGCGAGGUGCUGUUCCAGCCACCCACACCCACCGACACGCCUGUCACAUCAUGUCGUCGCACGCGCUGCUGCGUUCCAAUCGCGUCGCUGACGAGACAACAUCACCGCCGCCGCCGCCGCGAGGAGGGGAAAUUCCAUUGUCGGCCCUGCCACCGCCGCAGCCGCGAGCCAUCGUGGCCACGGACCAAAGCAAUGACGACCGCCGCCGCGGUGCAGAAGCUCUGGAAGCUGAGGAGAGCGAGAGAGCGGCCAGUGCCGGUGGUACACUAAAUGGCUCUGCGGUCGAUACGCUUGGUACAGGUGAUGACCAAAGCAGGCGAAACCAGCGGAAGAGCUGGCUUGUGUCCAGCACCAGCCGAACAUCGAGGUCCAGGAUCAGUGCAUCUUUCGCUCCUGCAGCAGCCAACCAGCACACAACUGCCGAGGAUGAGGAGCUGCUACAAGGAGCAAUAGCUGGCGCACACGUGCCCAACAACAGCAUGGUUUCCCUGGGCCAACUCUUGCGGCCGCAGGUGUUUGAUUAUGCACCGACUGCCUCCGCAAGUGCAAAAGGCCUGGGUGCUUUGCCUGCUUGGGCCAUCUGCGCAGGUAUCGUACUUGCGCAGGCAGUGCUCUGCCUUGCCAUCAGCCUCUACCUGUCGGAAGCUGUUGGCUGGCGCGCAUCCCGCGCGACCCUUUUUGCCCUCAAGACAGUGUUUUGGGGUGAUCCAGCUGUACCACUCGGGCAGCAGUUGGAUGAUGGCGACACCGCCAUCGUGCUGGUCUUCUCAGUGUUGUCAUACGCACUCAGCGUGGCGCUCCUCUGCUGGUUCGCGUAUCGGGGAGCUCGGCUGUUACUCGGAUACAACCUGAGCUUGCAUCACGCCCGGUUGCGCCGAGCAUUUCCGGGUCUGCCCACACCUGCGGCAGAGCAGCAACGACAAGGCUGUGUUGUUCGAGUCCUUCUGUCAUUUGUGUCGUCUCCGAGGGCGAUAUGGGUGCUUGGUGGUCUCUCCCUCCUAUGCACGGCGCUGUUCCCGGUCGCUCUUAUGCAUGCAGACGACUCGUUCACAUACCCUGAAGCGCUGAUGUGGUGCAUAUCUGCGGCAACCUCACUGCCAACAACAAGUCACCCGAGUUCAAACGCGGGCAACGUGAUUGCAUGCAUUCUAUUUGUGUUGCUGCUUGUAUUUUGGGUGUUCGCCUUGGCCUUGCUUCUUGCGCGCGUAGUUCGCCGCGCCGUUCUCGAGCUUGGGCCCCCACCCGCAUUCAAAAUCGUCUCUCGCUUGCAUGGGCGAUUGGACGGCGGCACCCUCAUCAGCAGAUAUGAUUGGUAUGCGCUCGUGCUGGACGCUGCAGGCUUCAUGCACCCCGAAACCAAGACCAUGUUGGACGAGGUGUUCCAGAAGUGCCUUACUCGGUCACCAACGAGUGCCACAACAGCAGCGGACGUUGUGCCCUGGAGCGUGCUUGUUGACGUGUGCUCCAACCCUCACCAGAACCAGGGCGCACAGGCGAAAGACACGCGGGCUGAGGCAACCCAAGUGUAACAUUUAACAAGAACACGACCUCGUUGUUCUGCAUGAGAUCUUGGCUCGCACAGCUGUUGGUGGCGUUGCACUUUGGUCUCGACAUGCGGGAGCGAGAAAGGAUGGGGUGGAAGUAUGUAUUUUUGUGCAUAUC